AAUCCUGCUGUAUGCUCAGACUGAUAUCUGCUUUGGCUCUGGGGAUGUUCUGGGACGUGUUUGCUGUGUUUCAGAGAAACUGUUCUGUGUUUAAUGUCUCUGAAGAGACUGAAGCAUUGCUGUGGAGACUCAAACAUCGAGCUGUGGUGAUCUCCUGAGACUCAUUAACUGGAUCUUCACAAACACAGUGACUCAGAUCAUCUCUCACGCUGCUGGACGAUGGCUGUGGACUUCAGUGGACGCUGGAAACUCUAUCAACAGGAGAACGCAGAGGACUUUCUCAGAGCCAUCUCCGCUCCAGAGAUUUACAUUAAAAUGAUGAAUGAAGUCAAACCUCUGACCACCAUUCAGCAAAACGGAGAUGAAUUCAUCAUCUGCGUGAAAACUCCUCUGAGAAGCAUCACAAACAGCUUCAGCAUCGGCUCAGAGAGCGAGUUCAGCACGAUGGACGGACAGAAGAUCAAGGUGAUUCAUUCAAACGAGUCACUGGAGAAGACUCGGUCGCGCACGCCGCCGCAACACAAGCGGCAUUUAAAGGGACAGUUCACCCAAAAAUCAAACUUACCCCAUGAUUUACUCACCCUCAAAUAUUCGAAUAUUCAUAUUCAGAUUAUUAUGGUGAAUGAAGUGAAGUUGACCGUUGCAAGAUGGCGACUGCGUCUACAUACUUUGAGCUUUUAAAUGAGGCCUUAUUCCUAUACAUAUAUAUGAGAGAUCACGGUUUAUAAAGUUUGGAAUAUGGAUAUUUUUCUUACAAAAACUCAUGGUUUGAGUUAUUAAUACACAUUACCGUUCAUUAUGUUUAAAAGCAAAUAAUUGGAAUUAAUACUAGUUAAUUAGUUGGUAAACUAGCUGUGGUUACAUGAUCUGUGUGCAUACUGUGCGUGCUGAUAUUCACAUAUAAUACACAUUAUAAUAACACAUGUAAACACAUUAUAGCUUCUCAAUCUCCACAAGCAGCAUUUUGAGUAGUUUGUGUUUCAGGCUACAGCUCGACUCGUCGAUGGAAAGAUUGUGAUUGAAUCAGAGAAGUUCACGCACGUGAGAGGGAUUGAUGGAGAGGAGAUGAUCGAGGUCUGUUGAGAUGAUGUUCAUGUGUUUAUAUUCAU